CAAUUUUACUCUUCAAUAGAUUCGGUCGGGUGGGUUUUUUUCUGCCCGAACCCGAGAAUGGAGGUUUAGAAAAAUGGUUCCAUUUCUUCAACUACAGACCACCUCACUUCCAAAACCCUACUGUUUCAAUUUCAUUAAACCCCCCCUUUUUUUUUCUCGACGAAAAACAGGCAGUGUCUUCAACAUUUUUGCCGUAAUUUACGAUUGCAAUGAGUGUUUGGAGUCCGAUUUCAAUCGGAAUCGGAUCCCAUGCCUGACCCGCUUUCAUGCUGCACCGGUUUUGCCAGCCAUGUUCACGCUGCUACGCCGGCUCAAAACGUCUCAUUGCCGUUCUGUAAGCUCAUCGUUAUUUGAUUCUUCAUGUUGUCUGUUUUCGGGAAAUAUGUUAGCUUGGGCCACUUGUUUUUUAUGUUCUCGUUGCUCAUUUUCGACAACUUCAAAUGUUAGUAAUUUUGACGGGGUUUUUGAUCGGGAGACGGUAGUAGAAAUUGUGAAACAAGAGAGGUGGGAUGAUGUUCGUCUCGUCGGGCUGUUAUGUUCGGCCUUGGCUCCCGUUUCGGUGGCUAGAUUAUUGAUUGAGCUGAAGCAGGAUCCAUUAUUGGCUCUGAGGUUGUUUAGAUGGGCUGAAUCGCGCAAUGGUUUUUGCCAUACAACGGAGAAUUAUUGUGUUAUUGCUCAUAUUUUGUUUUGCUCGAAGAUGUAUAGAGACGCUCACAAUGUGCUCAAGCAAUUGGUUACUUUUCAUAGAGACAGUGGAGGUGUUAUUGGGGUGCUUCCUUCAUUUACUAUUAUGGAUGCUUUAUGGGCGACAAGGAAUGUUUGUGUGCCUGGUUACGGGGUUUUUGAUGCACUGUUCAGUGUAUUGAUGGAAUUGGAGAUGUUGGAGGAAGCUAGGCAGUGUUUCCUGAAGAUGAGAAACUUUAGAGUUAUUCCGAAAGCAAGGUCUUGUGAUAUUCUCUUACAUAAGUACUCGAAGGUGGCAGAUGGUGUUUCAGCAAAGAAGUUUUUCAAUGAUAUGAUUGGAGCUGGAAUAGUUCCAUCAAUUUAUACCUAUAACAUAAUGAUUGGGAUCUUGUGUAAAGAAGGGGACUUGAAAGCUGCAAGGAUCUUGUUUGUGAGGAUGAAGGACAUGGGCAUCUCUCCUGAUGUUGUUACUUAUAAUUCACUUAUAUAUGGCUGUGGAAAGCUUGGAGAACUGUGUGACGCAGUUUGUAUAUAUGAGGAGAUGAAAGCAGCAGGGUGUUCUCCCGACAUAAUUACAUAUAACACAUUGAUUAAUUGCUUUUGUAAAUUUGAGAAAUUGCCACAGGCUUUCAACUUUCUUAGGGAAAUGAAGGAAAGAUGUAUUAGACCUAAUGUUGUAACUUACAGCACACUCGUUGAUGCAUUUUGUAAAGAAGGGAUGUUGCAGCAUGCUAUUAAGUUUUUUGUUGACAUGAGACGAGUUGGUCUGAUUCCUAAUGAAUUUACUUAUACUUCUCUGAUUGAUGCAAACUUUAAGGUGGGAAACUUUGAUGAUGCCAUGAAGUUUGUAAAAGAGAUGGUAGAAGCUUCUGUGAAGUUAAAUGUUGUUACCUACACAACGUUGCUUGAUGGCCUAUGUGAAGAAGGGAGGAUACAUGAAGCAGAAGAAGUUUUUAAGGUUAUGCUGAAAGAUGGAGUAGUUCCUAAUGAGAAAAUAUAUACAGCUUUUAUGCAAGGGUACCUUAAAGCCAAAAGGAUAGAUGAUGCUAUGAGGAUUCUUGCAAAAAUGAAAGCGAAUAACAUCAGACCCGAUAUAGUUUUGUAUGGCACUAUAAUCUGGGGGUUUUGCAACCUGGGAAGGUUCGAAGAUGUGAAUUCAUUGUUGGUCGAGAUGAAGGACUACAAUAUAGAGGUUAGUGAAGUAAUAUACACAACACUAAUUGAUUCCUAUUUCAAAGCUGGAAAAAAUGUAGAAGCACGGAAUAUGCUUAAUGAAAUGCAGGGAAGAGGUAUGGCACCAAACGUUGUGACGUAUUGUUCCCUAAUUAAUGGUUUAUGCAAACUAGGAUAUGUUGAGGAAGCAAUUGGAUAUUUCCAUAAUCUCAAAAAUGUUGGUUUGCAACCAAAUAUUGUAGUUUAUUCAUCUCUAGUUCACGGUCUUUGUAAAAAUGAUCGUGUUGAAGAUGCUAGAAAGCUUUUCCUGGAAAUGCCUGAGAAGGGCUUGAUUCCAGAUAAAAUUGCAUAUACAUCUUUGAUUGAUGGAACCAUGAAGCAGGGAAAUAUUCAGGAAGCUUUGGAUCUGGUGAAGCAAAUGACUGAAACUGGUGUGGAGAUUGAUCUUCAUACCUACACAUGUUUAAUUUCUGGGCUCUCAAGACAUGGACAACUUCAUCAAGCAAGAGAUUUGUUUCAUGAGAUGAUUGAGAAAGGAAUACAGCCAGAUGAAGUUGUUUACGGAUGUCUCAUACGUAAGUAUCGUGAGAGUGGCAACAGCGAAGAAGCUGAUGCCUUGCUAAAUGAGAUGAUAGAAAAAGGUAUUGCUCCCGUUAAAAGUGAGCUGCUACAAAAAAACGUACGGGUCUGAAUUUGCAUAAGCUGCUACAAACAUUUUAGGCGUUGUAAAUUGUUCAUUACUGGCUUUACCGUAAUGAAAGGUUGGACAACUGAACCCCUUUUUCUGGAAACUAUCAAAUCAUGGAUCGUGAUAGUUUUAUAAAUUGUUGUCCGUAUUUUCUCUGCUAUUCUAGCUACUCAAUACUGUCCUUUGACACUGCAUAGAGGUUAUGAAUAUACCAGCCAAAAUGUGAAUCUUUUGAAACAGUUAUUCACUCCUAUACAUCUACUCCGUAUGCCACCCUUCUAUCCGCACUGUCUUGUGGUUGAGGUCCCAAGUGAACGCAUUUUACGGUCAUAUGAUGUAUCAGCCCAUUCACUUGUGUACCUUCCGGCAACAUCAGUGAAGCCUGAAAGAAAAUUGCUGAUAUCUGUCCAUUCGGAAGGAGCAAUAAAGGUUCUCAGUAUUAUUGAUUCAAGUUAUCAUGUUUUGAAUGAUUUGAAGAGGCUUCAUGUUCCUCAGUUGAAAGAUAAUGGAAAACAGGCUCAAGAGUACGAGUCAUUUGUUAAUUACAAAGAAGAAGUUUCAGUUGACAUUCCCUUCCUUGGAGUCUCUUUAUGAACUCUCAUCCUGAGGAGAUACUCUUUGCAUCUGCUCAGAACACAAAGCUUACCUUUGUACAGAGUUUGGAUCAACAACAAUUUUCCCUCCAAAUUGCAUCAUUGCAAAUUGAUAACCAAUUACGCACAACACCAUAUCUUGUAGUCCUGUCUUUCAACUCUGGAAACAAGCGAAAUAUGGUAAACGGGAUGAAGCUUAAAGAUAGUUCAAAACUUAUCAGUGGAGGUACAAAUCAAACUGCCACUUCAAGCUUACAUGAGCCAGUUUUCUCCUUAGGUGCUGCUGCCAAGUGGAGAAACACUGAAACAUCAUUGGUUUCGUUUGAAUCUAUUAGCCUCAGAAUGGCAGAUCUUUAUCUUGAGAUUGAGCAAGAAAUUGUAUUGAGAUUGUUUGAAUUCUUCAAAACUGUACGUCAAGGUUGCAGAACAGAGUUUAUCAAUAUGUGGGCUCCACACAGAACUUGUUGUUCCCAGAAUUGGACAUCGCUGGAGAAAUCUCUAGGAAUGCUUCAUGUUCUGUGAGAUUGGAUGAAAAAUAUACCAACAAAGACUUCUUCUCCCUUCCGAUAUGGAGAACAAUGCCCCAACUAAAGAAGAACGAUGCUUAAGUUGAAAUCUCUUUUGCAGAGCCCGGCUGGUCUUAUUACUGGUAUGGCGCAAGGCCACCUCAGCAAUACAGUCUAUGCAAUAAAUGAUGCUACUAGUCAAUUCAGCAGAGCUGCACGCAAGGUUUGUUUUUCUGGAAUAGGCAUGAGCGCAUAUACAUAUACAUCUGACGACCAAACUGCAACAAUGAUAGAAAGGCAACAGAAAGGGAUGUCAUCACGCAGAUUCCUGGAGCUGCUUUAUAUCUCUAUUUGUGAUCUUUUUCUCUUUCAUAGUUUGAGAUGCCACUUAUAUUUCAUUUCUCUGGAUUGUGAUACAUAGAGAAAUUGAAUGAAGAUUUUUGUAGGUAGAUUUGGCUUGUAUCGUUUUCUUGCAUGCUCAAAAACCAAUAUCUUUGUUAUUAUGU